UGAUGCGUCUUGUGUGUUGGUGUUGCGUCUGUGUACUUGUUACCUUUCGCUCUCAGCCAUCACCGCUAGCUAGCUGCUAGCGCAGCGAAAAGAGAGCCGAGUGCGUAAGUCUCUCCUGCUAGUAUAUAGCCUCUCCAUAACAAAUCCUAUGUAGUGUCUCCGCGCGACAACACACGGAAACUGGGUACAGUGAGGCCCCAGGCUGAACUACAAGGGUGUGGGUAGAUGGGGCUCUCUAGCCUUGGUUGGCAACCCAUCUAGGAGAAGGAAAACUCCGAGUAUAACACCCGGCCAGAUGAAGGUCGAUAGCCUUGUCAGGCAAUUUGUCUAGAAGAGCAAAACUUCAAUUCCAAAACCGGGUAGAUACUGACUCGAAAGCCUUGGCUGGCAACAUAUCUAGAGGAAGGCAACCUUGAUCAAAAAUCCCCGGUCCAACAGGUUGGAGGUUGAGCGAGAGGUUAAUCUCCUCUUCUUGUAAAAAACAAUCGAUUACGGAAACAGGGACUAGAAACAUUUCAACUUUUCUCGUAACACCAGUAUACAAGCAAAACCUUGCAUUUAUGAAUGGGACCAGUGAAAGCCAACAGGAAGCUGGCCACAUGAAAAGUAUACUCAACACGAGAACCAAACUAAAACUAGGAUUCUGGAAUGUCCGUACUAUGUAUGAGACAGGAAAGCAAGCCCAGGUUUUGAGAGAAAUGAAUGAGAACAAAUUGAGUAUAUUAGGGAUAAGUGAAUGUAGAUGGACAGAUUUUGGAAAAAACCUAACCAGCACAGGUGAAACAAUUAUAUAUUCUGGUAGAAAAGACGGAAAACAUCAUGAAGGGGUAGCACUAAUUCUAAGUAAAACAGCUUCAAAAUCUCUAACUGAAUACCAUCCUAUCAAUGAAAGAAUUAUAAGAGCAAGACUGAAUACAGAACCAGUUAAGACUUCAAUUAUACAGGUAUAUGCUCCCACAAAUGAAGCCGAAGAUGAAACCAAACAAGAAUUUUAUGACAUGCUGCAAGCAGAAAUAGAAAAGAUACCGAAACACGACCUUACAAUCAUCAUGGGUGACUUCAAUGCAAAAGUAGGACAGGAUAACAGCGGAAUUGAGAGAGUCAUUGGAAAAUAGACAAACCUUUGUAGAAGAGAUGGCAAAGGAAGCUGAGAAAGCUGCUUCAGAACAAAGAGUAGGUGAAAUUUACCAAAUCACAAAGAAAUUAUGUGGAAAAUGCAAAACAAAAACAUGCCAAUAAGAGACAAGCAAGGAACACUAAUAACAUCUGAAAAUGAGCAAGAUAAAAGAUGGAAUGAGCAUUUUGAAGAGGUUCUGAAUCGCCCUGACCCCGCUGUCACUGCAGAUAUUGCGGAAGAUGUAGAAGUUUUAGACAUCAACAUAGAAACACCACGAAAAGAGGAAAUAUAUAAAGCUAUCAAUGCGCUCAAAAAUAAUAAAUCCCCUGGAAAAGACCAGUUACCAGCUGAAUUAUUUAAAACAGACCCUACUCUGGCUACAGACAUACUCCAUCCAAUAUUCUGUAAGAUAUGGCAGAACAACACUAUACCAGCCACAUGGAAUGAAGGCAACAUCAUCAAGUUGCCUAAGAAAGGAGAUCUCACAAAAUGUGACAAUUGGAGGGGUAUUACAUUGUUAUCCAUACCCAGCAAGAUUUUCUGCAAAAUAAUAAUCGAUAGGAUUAAAACAGCAGUUGACAACAAACUAAGGGAACAGCAGGCAGGAUUCAGGAAAGGAAAAAGCUGCAGCGAUCAAAUAUUUGUAUUAAGAAACAUCAUAGAACAAUCUACUGAAUGGCAACGGAAACUAAUCAUCAACUUCAUUGAUUUUGAAAAGGCAUUCGACAGCAUACAUAGAGAAAGCUUAUGGAAAAUUUUGAAACAUUAUGGAAUACCAUCAAAACUAGUGAGCCUUAUUAAAGCCUUCUAUUCCAACUUCAAAUGCUCUGUUGGCAGAUCAUCAGCCACCAGCUUCAUAGUAAAAUCUGGGGUUAGACAAGGCUGUGUGAUGUCGUCCCUUUUAUUUAUCAUCGCAAUAGAUUGGGUUAUGAGAUCUACCCUUAAUGGAAACAAUACUGGAAUUAGAUGGACCCUCCUCACCAAUCUUGAAGACCUUGAUUAUGCAGACGACCUAGCCUUACUCUCACAUUUAGAAACACACAUGCAAGACAAAACUACCAAACUGCAAGAGAAUGCAAGCAAGAUAGGCCUCAAGAUAAACAUCAAGAAAACAGAAAUCAUGCAUCUUAACACAAACGAACCACCAAAAAUCCACCUAAACGGAUAUAACAUUAACUGUACAUCAACUUUCACUUACCUUGGUAGCACUUUAACAUCAGAUGGGGGUGCCGAGAAAGAUAUUAAAAUCAGACUAGGAAUAGCAAGAAAUGCAUUCUUCAAACUAAACAAUAUUUGGAAGACUAGAAACAUCAGCAAAAACACUAAACUGAAAAUAUAUAACAGCUGUGUAAUGUCAGUUCUACUGUACGGAGCAGAAUGCUGGAGGAUGACUGAGAAAGACAUCAACAGACUCUCCAGUUUUCACAACGGCUGUCUCCGAAAAAUUUCAAGAAUCUUCUGGCCGGCAAAAAUAUCCAAUAUAGAACUGCACAAACAAACAAACUCAACCGAUAUGAGGACGAUACUGAAAAGAAAACGAUGGGUCUGGAUCGGACACGUUCUACGUAAACCCCAAGAGAACAUUACAAGAACUGCUCUCAGAUGGAUACCCGAAGGCAAAAGGAGACGAGGACGACCAAAAAUGACAUGGAGAAGAACUAUCAAAUCAGAAAUGAAAGAACAUAAUUUGACCUGGGGAAAACUAGAAAAGAAAGCAAAAGAUAGAGAAGAGUGGAAAGCGCUAGUCCUUGCCCUAUGUGCCUCCGGGCACAACAAGGACUAGGUAGAUCUGAUUGUGCAGGCGAAGUCAGGCACUGGGAAGACAUGUGUGUUUUCCGUAGUUGCCUUAGAGACUGUGCUCACAGACACAGCCUCAACACAGAUCCUGGUCCUGGCGCCGACACGUGAGAUAGCGGUGCAGAUCUGGGAGGUGAUGACAGGCCUAGGGAGCGCUAUGAAGGGACUCGAGUGUCACACAUUCAUCGGUGGGAUGCCACUGCAUGAGGACAGAAUGAAGCUAAAGAAGUGUCACAUAGCAGUGGGCACUCCAGGGCGUAUAAAGCAGCUGAUAGAGGGCGGUGUUUUGUUGACUGACAGCAUCAGGUUGUUCAUACUGGAUGAGGCUGACAAGCUGCUGGAGGAAAGCUUUCAGGAGCAGAUAAACUGGAUCUACUCCAUGUUGCCUGACAACAAGCAGAUGCUGGCCCUGUCGGCCACCUACCCAGAGUACCUGGCAGACCACCUGACGGCCUACAUGAGGAACCCCACCUUCCUGAGACUCAACAUCUCAGAUCCAGCUCUGCUAGGUAUACGUCAGUUCUAUGCAUUGGUGCCCUACCACCCAAUUGCUCAUGCUGUGUUUGAAGAGAAGACCAAGGCCCUGGUCCACCUCCUGUCCAGUGUCAGCUUCCAGCAGUGCCUGAUCUUUUCAAACCUCCAAACAAGGGCCCAGACGCUAGCUGAUGUGUUGAACAGCAAGGGUUGGCCCACUGCCUGUAUCGCGGGAUGCCUGGAUCAGAGGGACCGCAACCAUGCCAUGGCCAAACUGAAGACCUACAAGUGUCGCAUCCUCAUAUCAACUGAUCUGACAUCGAGAGGUAUUGAUGCUGACAAGGUCAACCUGGUAGUCAACCUGGAUGUGCCUAAGGACCACGAGACAUACCUGCACAGGAUUGGGCGUGCUGGCAGAUUUGGUUCAUUCGGUAUAGCGGUGACGCUGGUGAGUGAUGGACAGGAGCAGCUCAGUCUGGACUCCAUACAGAAACGUUGCAACACCCAGGUCCACCCCCUGCCAGAUCCCAUUCCAACCGACCUAACCAACCCUGGCACCCCCGUGUAUCUUGAUGACCUCGUCUCCAGUGAGGUCAUCAAUACAGCUACAAGGCAUCUGGUGAAGAAGGGAGGUACCUUUCAGCCAAUAAAAAACGCUGGUAAAACGGUCGUGGAAACGGGGAAAACUGAAGUUGUGGGAACUUUGUCUGCUGUUAAAACGGUCAUUGAAACUGAGAAAAUUGAAGUUUCUGGAACUUUGUCUGCUGGUAAAAAGGUCCUGGAAACGGGGAAGACUGAAGUUAUGGGAACUUUCUCUGCUGGUAAAACGGUGUUGGAAUCGGGUUAUACAGAAGUUGCUGGAACUUUUUCUUCAGCUCUACAAACCUACGCUGAUUCAGUCUCAGCUGAUACUGGUGAUACUGAUAAAGAUGAUGCUGAUCUGUCUAAAGACAACUGUUCAAAUGAAGAUAAAUUUAGGGAUAUUACAAAUCACAUAGAAGCCAAGAAUCAAGAAGAUCUUGAUGAUUUUGAGACAUUAAAACCUGAUGCAAAAUGUACUGAAUGGAGAACAAACAUGGGAAAUAAAAUGAUAACUUCCAAAGGAGUUAUUUGUGAAAAACCAGAAGCUGAUAGUAGUGCUAGUGUACAUUCAAAAGCAAACAACAGAGACAUGUCAUCUUCUGGAUUGUUGGUAGUAAGAAAUGCACAUAGUUCUGCACCAUUUAAUGCCUCUGGUCAGAAAUGGGAGAAUGGAAGUGCUCAAUAUUCUGCUUCCGGUCUCUGCAAUAUCAAUGAUUCUCGCUGUGAGCAAGUAGAAGAAGCAAAAUUAAACAAAGACAACAUUUGUGUGUAUAAGUCUGAUACAAAUGAAGGUCAAUCCAAUGGUGAUUAUUUAGGAGGAAAAGGUGAAUUGAAAGGUAGGUAUUAUACUGUAUUUUGUAAAGAUAAGACUUCCCAGUGUAAAAAUAUUAAAAAGCUUGAUUUAGUUCAGUUGUUUCAGUCAAUGAUAGGCUUUCAGCAUUCAGGCAAAACCUGCAGUUAUGCCUCCAACAUGGAGUCAUUUACACGCUUCAAAGAUAAUGAGGAUAGCACUUGUUAUAGUACUGAACCAGAAAUAGCCUGUGUCAUCCCAAACACUAAUGAACAAAACACUGAAGCAUUAUACUUGAGGGAAAACGUUGCUAGCAUUCAAGAGGCCCUAAAUGAAUGUGGUAGAUUUAGACAAGCUGAUAUGCCUAAACUGUCAAGAGACCAUGGUCAACAACAGCUUUCAAUACAUGAAGAUGAACAAGCAAAAUCAAUUUUAGAAAUCUCUACAGGUACAUCCAACAACUUGACAGAUUGCAUGGAUUCACACAUCAAAGCCGAAAUUCCAUAUAAAUCUGGUAAUCAGAACACAGUUCCAAGCAAGUUUUGUUCCAAACUGGAAGUCAGUCCACCUAUACCCUCAGAAAGAAAAUAUAAAUCAAAUCAAUCAAAAUCUAGACCUAAGGCUGCUGGUUAUCGCAACAAAUUCGCAGUUGCCUACUUAAUGCAAGAUGGUAUGAUUGAAAAGGAAGAGGAACAGGUUGCUCAAAACAUGUCUUAUGAAAACAAAGACGAAAAAGUUUCUCAAGUAAAUGAAGAAAACAAAGAACCAUUGGAAACAUACUACGAGAAUGUCAACAAAGGAAACAAAGUUUCUCAAUUAAAUGAAGAAAACAAAGAACCAUGGGAAACAAACUGUGAGUCUCAGUGCCCGGUAUUGUACAAUCUAGAUAUACCAAUUGAGACUAAUAAGAAGUUGAUGAAGUCAAGACAUUCAGAAUUGAAGGAAGAGCUGCUGAAAGAGGGGAAAUUUAGCCGAGGUUUACAAGAGUUGCAGGAAAGGCUGCUCAAACAGUGGCAGCCAAGCUUUGGCAUCCAAAAGCAUGCUGUGAAUGAAACUGAUGAUUCCAGUGAGGACUCCUUCACAGACUCUACUGAAAGUGGUUCAGUCACCGAUAAUGAAGACAGUUCUUCUGAUGACUUUGUUCCAAAUGCUCAAACAUUGAGUAAAGCGAAGUCAGGAUGCUCAACAAUUAUUGAAAAUAAGAACUUUAGUUUGAGGCACCCACCAUUUCCAAAAGCAUCAAGACAAUCAUUCCAUACAAGCAGUCACCAACAAGAUCAACAGAAAGAAUCAGUAACUGUUCCUCUGCAUUCCUACAAAGGUAAUACAGCAAAAUAUUCCAGUGAUAAUGAUUCCAGAGCUUCUGGGCAGAAAGCGUGUAUUAAUGGUGUGGAGGAUGAUUAUGAAAGGCGAAUGCACAGCUGGCAUAAUGAGUAUCAGAGCUGGUGUGCAAGGUUUCAGAGCCCUAGUAUGGCACAUUAUCCUCCGUUUUAUGGACAAAGUGGUGCUAGUGGACUUUAUGAAAGUUUCACGUAUUCACACCCUUACCCAUACUACAACAACCCAUUUGGUUUUUACUCACAAAAUCCUGUCAGCUACCAUGGAGGUGUUACAAGCUUGCAUUCUGGAAAUUUUCGUAGACAGUUUAAUGACCAAUUUGAAAUUCAGAGCCGGUAUUUGAAGGAAAUGAGCCGGUAUGUAUGGAAUACCAGGCAAAAGAAAUAGCAACCGUGUGGUUUUCAAUAAUCAGAAUAACAUCAAUGUGUUUGAUGUGCCAGUUGAUUUAAACUCCUUUCAUUUGAUCAUUUGAUAACUCUUUGAUGUAUAAUUUACUGUGAAUCAGUUUAUGCCUGUCUAUUGUUUUAUUGACAGCUUUACUGCAACACUUCUUGAAAUUAUGAUGGCAAGUCUGAGGUAGGGCUGUCUGAAUGGUGAUGCAUUGAGGAAACGGACAUAUUUUGAUAGCUAAAUAUCUUUGUCUCAAUCAUAAAUAAUGACCUGUCAUUUGUCUGUCAGAUUGUUGUUCAAUAUAAGGAAUGUAAAAUAUAUGCAAUUGAAACUGUCUGUCGGUUGGUUAUGUGGUCGAAUGGUACAUAUGUAGACCUUUUUGUUUCCAUACAAUAUCUGGUUUGGUUUGCUGUUCUCUUUGGAGGAAAUGAAGACGCCUGGUUAUUUUAAGGUCAAUUAGAGAAAGGUCAAAGUCAUAGGUCAUAGGGUUUGUAAUAUGAAACAAAUUCCAUAAAUCAGAUCUCCAUAGAAGCCUUAAACCUACGAAAAUCUUUGACCUCACACAGUUUGAUGUCCAAUAUCAGUGGGGUUUUUUGCCCAAAAUUACAGUCUCUUACAGGCUGUUUUCCAAUUGCAAAGGAUAAAAAGUCUGCUUCCCGACGGCAAAAAGUAACAUUUUUUCCCCAAAAAAUCUGACCAAAUUUCCCUCCAAAAUAAGCCAAACGUUUCUUAUAAACUCAAUAAUUGGUUUAUUGAGUUUAUUAUACAGCAAUGUAAUUCCCAAGCAGAGUAUAUUAUAAAUUUUAGAAAGCAGUUAAACAUGCACUGAUAAACAAUUGGUAGACUGUUAUUUAUAAUCAUAUAAAUAAUGUUUACUUUUUCCCAAAUUCAUGGUCUAUCACGCUUUUUUACCCAAUCAAAAAGGCACAGGCUGUAAAAUAUAAAGGGAACAACAUCACUGUAUAUGCAAGGUCAUGCAAUGAAUAAUUCCAAGCAUGUUUUCAAUAAUAUAUUUUCUGUUGUUUAGUAAUUUAGUAUUAAUCUUUAUUGUCUUAUCAAUAAAAUAUGGACUUAA